AUGGCAGCCCCCCUCGUGACCCAGCUAGUCACGCUGGUGGGCCAGGCGUACGCGACACGCAUGGGCGGAAACCUUGUCCAGUCGGUACCCCUGGGACCCGAACACCCGUUCUGGAUCCCAUUACAAGGCGCUCUGCAGUCGUUCUCAGACUCGGACCUCGCUUCCGCCUCGCUCGCCCAACACGUCUCCUUUGUGCCGGCCUCGGACCGCGACGGCCUCGCGGCGCUCCUCUCCGCGGCGCUCAACAACGUCAAGCAGAGCAGUACCCAGCACACUCCGACUCCCGAAGCGGCGUAUGCGUGCUUCAAGGCCAUGCUGGGCGUGCAUGCCGAGCUGCACAAGCUGUACGCCAGCCAGGGCGGUGACGGCGGCUACAAGAAUGCGUUUCUGAAUGGCAUGGUGGUGGCCGUGUGUCGGCACCUCGUGGGGCUCAGUGCAGUUGCAGCGUCCCUCUCCACCCUCCCGAUUCGCGAGCAGGCCUCGCCCCGAGGCAUCAAGGACGCGACGCGCCAGGCGAUCGAAAAGUCGCUGCAGGUUUCGGCGUGCCAUAUGGCCGACGGCGAGUGGCAUGCCGAGGUGAACAAACCCGAGAGCGUGGGCGAUAUCAUGUGGCAGCUGGCCAACAUCCUCUGGAGGCUAUAUGCGCAGCGUAAACUCCACACACAAGCGACCGACCUGUCCAAGAUCUUUGCCGGCAUUCAGCCGCCCGAGGGCAAACGCCUCGCUGCCCGCGGCCACUGUAUCCCCCUCACAGCGGUAGCCGAGAGCUAUUACUGGCGCGGCCGGAUCGGUGUUGUGUUGCUCGAAAUGCGCAUGGCGCAUCGGUGGUUGGAGAAGGCGUGGGACAUGUGCCCCGAGGAGGCGUGGCAGCAGCGCCGGGCAAUCCUCAUCCGCCUCAUCCCCGUCUCGCUCCUCCUCGGCAAACUGCCCCACAGCUCUGUCUUGCAGCACUACUCGCUCGAGGCCGAAUUCACGCCCUUCAUCCAAGCCUUCAAGACCGGCAACGUCCCGCAGUGGCGCCGUCUCCUCUCUGAACGCCAGGAAUGGCUGCGUGCAAGAAGUAUCUGGCUGAUAUGGUUUGAGCGUGGCGAGAUCCUCGUGUGGCGCAACUUGUUCCGAAAAGCUCUUGCAAUCUACUACCAGACCCCCGGCGCGACCAAGCACCGCGCGCCCACCUGGGUCUUCCUCGCUGCCGCCCAACGCGCGUUUGCAGGGUCGGGCGAGCUGGAAGACGGCACGCUCGCGCUGGAAGACAUCGUCUGCACCAUUGCCAGCCUCAUUGACCAGGGCCUGAUCAUGGGUAUCCUGACCUACUCGCAGCGCCAGAUGGUGCUCAAGCCCAGUCUGGACGGGUUUGGCGGCUUCCCGCGUGUGAGCCAGGUGGUUCCGCGGCGAGUCGACGCCGUCGCAUAG